GAGGGAGAGGAGGAGCCGCCGGACGACUUCGUCUGCCCGAUCACGACCGAGCUGAUGAGCGACCCGGUGAUGGCGGCGGACGGGCAUGCUUACGAGCGGUCGGCGAUCGAGCGCUGGCUCGCGACCAAGUCGACGAGCCCUCUGACGGGCGGCGCGCUCGAGCACCCAUACCUCACACCCAACCACAUGCUGCGCCGUCAGAUCCGGGACUGGGAGGCACGGCAAGGCCACCGGGGCUUGUGUGGUGUAUCCGCAGCGCGUCGCGAGUUAUCAAGAUGCUAA